CUUGUCCACUUGUUUAAAAAAAAUAACUAAGAAAAGUCUUAUCUUAACAUUGCAGAUUAUUUUUAACAUUAUUCGUCAAAUUCUUAUUGUAGGUAGGCACCUAUGACCUAUAAUAUAAUAUUACUAUAUGAUAUUGUCAUAUAUCUAUUAUAGUUAGACACACAGUGUUUCGAUAGUCCAAUAGUGCAGACGCCAGACGCUAGACAGUGAUAAAUAUUGCAGGUGUGAAAUCAUUCCGAUAACGCUGUAAAUUAAUAAGAAAAAACAAUUCAUUAGUGUACAUUCAAUGGUCCCUGAGAGUGUUCACUGUUCUCUAUUAACAUAAUAAUAUAUCAAUAAUAAUAUUAUGAUAGGUGUGUCGUCGGCAUAGUAAGCUACAAGUGAGUUCUGCGUAUAAUAAAGGUAAUCACGUCUUGAUAACUUCAUUGCGAUAAUAAUAUUGCUCGAAUCUAAGAAAGGAAUGUUCCUGCGAUACUAUGGUGUUAAAAAAUAAAAAUUCUAUGUGGUUUGAUUUACUUGGAAUACAUACCGACACGUGGCGCAGUCAAACUGCACCGAAAAGCAUCUAAAUACCUAAGAAGAUUCGCUGCGCAUCAAGUCAAAAGAUAUCAAUUUGAAUUAACGCUCCAAGAUGUGGUUGAUAAGUGUCAAUAAAAAGCUUCUACUAAUGAAAAUGCAUUAUUUCCUUUACUCGGGAUGUAUAGCGACAAUCCUGAGUUACGGUUCAACGUAUGCCAAGCAAUUGGGAUAUUCAAAAAUUACUGUUGGAUACAUAAUGAUGAGCCUCUUUAUCAUAUCAAUGUUAGCGAAACCUGUAGUUGGUGCCAUUGUCGAUAAUUUCCCUGUAAAGAAAUACAUUUUCAUGGUGUUCAUAUUUACGACUGGUAUCUCUGCGUUCUUUCUUAUGUUUGUGUCCAGGCUAUCUUUAGAGACGUCCAUAGAGCUGGAUUGUGGUACAAACAUAACGAAUGUAAAAAUAUAUUUCGACCACACUAAUAAACUUUCAGACUGUGAUCAAAAAAUACUAAUGGGAAACAACGGAGAGAGGUUGGUCAAUUGCAAGUUAAACUGUAAUAAUGAUGAAAUAUUGUUUUCUGAAAUGUUCUCAACAUCGACAAAUGGACUGGACUUAAACUCUAGUAAUGUCGGAAGUUUGGAAACUAAAAUAACCGAUUUGCUAAUAUCAAUUCAUUUGCAUAACUCCAAUACUGAACGGUAUGGUUCCUAUAAUUUUCGAGUUCAAUACGUUGAUAUAAAUCAUAGUCGAAUAAUGUCUCCAGUUUGUCAUCAUCCAACCAAAAUGCCUUGUCAAAUAUACUGUCCCAGUCCAAUGAUUAUGGAAUUGGCAGCGGCACCAAAAUCUCAAAACAUGAUAAUUUCUAUGCCUGAAUUUUGGGAGUUUUUUUUAUUAUUGUGUAUAUUUUGGAUCAGCCAAUCGGGAAUAUGGGCUAUACAAGAUCCAAUUUGUUUUGAUAUCUUAGAAGACAAACCAAACGAUUUUGGAAAACAAAGAUGCUGGACGUCCAUUGGAUGGGGAUCCGUUACAAUGCUUAGCGGUUGGCUUGUGGACUAUUUCAGCUACGACAAAGUGCAAAAAGACUACACACCCAUAUCCUAUUUAAUAUUAUCGUUUAUGAUUUUGAAUUUAUUUGUUGCUUCCAACAUCCCAGUCGUCGAGUUCAAAGUGUCACAAGACACGUUUCAAAAUGUUUUUAAAUUGUUUGCGAAACUUCACGUUAUAAGUUUUUUUGUUUGGAUUCUAUUGCUGGGCGUUUACAGCUCGAUGACGAUGAGUUACCUUUUUUGGUACCUAGAAGACGUGGCUUCGGAAUACCAAUGUCACCAAGUAGCGUGGAUAAAAACGCUACAGGGUGUUUCUCAGGGCCUCCAGAGUUUCGGCGGCGAAAUGCCGAUUUUCUUCUGUUCCGGUUGGAUAAUAAAACGCAUAGGACAUAAGCACUGCAUGUCACUGGUUCUGUUCGCAUUUACCGUUCGAUUUUUUUUUUAUUCCAACAUGGAGAAUCCCGUCUGGGUGCUGUUGAUCGAAAUCCUAAACGGCAUGGCAUACGCAUUGGGCCGUGCAGUGAUGGUAUCAUACUCCAGAAGGAUCUCGCCACCAAGUGCACACCACACAGUCUUGGGACUUGUAGGACUUUUCGAUUGCAUCGGUUUAUCAUUAGGUGGUGUGCUAGCUUCACAUAUAUACGACUUUUACGGAGGAGUUUGGUUGUUCAGAGUAUUUGCAUACGGUUCAGCUGUGAUGUGUGUCUUACAGAUAAUAUACAAUCUGUUGACUAAGUCAAACGAAAAGACUAUAGAUUAUUAAAACUUUUACUUAUUUUUGAAAACCGUUCGGUUAUUAGAACAGUUUCAAUAUGAUAUACUUUUUUACUGUACAGAAUUUAUUUAAAUUAUCUAUAUUUUACAGUUUUUAAAUACCUAUAAGUUUAAAUUAAA